GUAGUCUGCAAACAUGGCUGCUUUUAGUAAGUGCAUACCGCACAACUGCUAUGAGAUCGGGCAUACCUGGAACCCCUCGUGUACGUUAUCGACGCUGCAAGUUACGGCGGGGGCCCUGGAGGUGUCAUUCAAAAUAUAUGCACCAUUAUAUCUUAUUGCAGCGAUACUCAGGAGAAGGAAAAAAGACUAUUACCUGAAGAGACUAUUACCUGAGAUCCUUCAGUCUACCUCUUUCCUCACGGCCAAUGGCGGCUUGUAUAUUGCAUUUUUCUGCAUCCUCAGGCGACUGUUGGGUGGCUUCUAUUCCUGGUCGGCUGGCUUCGGGGCCGCCCUGCCGGCGUCAUACAUCUCCAUCCUCAUCGAGCGGAAAAGCAGGAGAGGACUCCUAACCAUAUACAUGGCUAACCUGGCAACAGAGACGGUGUUUCGCAUGGCAGUUACCAGAGGAAUCGUUAAACCAAUCAGACAUGGAGAGGUUCUCCUAUUCUGCCUCACUGCCUCCCUCUACAUGUUCUUCUUUCGGUGCAAAGAUGGCUUGAAGGGGUUCGCUUUCUCAGCUUUGAAGUUCAUCGUGGGCAAGGAGGAGAUCCCCACUCACUCCUUCCUGGCGGAGCAGGCGUACGCCAGGGCUGCGGAGCACCGAGCCAGCAUCAGCAGCAGCAGCACCGAGUCCGAGUCCCGGGGGCAGGCAGCCAUCGAGGGAACACCAGGAACGUCAGGAGCGCCAGGAACAUCAGGAACGCCGCCGCCACCAUCCUCAAGACGCGCAACCAUCGCCGCCUUCACCAGGAGACUGCUGGAGUCCCUGUGUAAAUGUGGGCCCAGGCACCGUUGCUGCAAGCACUACCAUGACAACUGCAUCUCAUACUGCAUCAAAGGCUUCAUCCGCAUGUUCAGUGUGGGGUACCUCAUCCAGUGUUUCCUGAAGGUCCCCUCAGCGUUCCGCCAGGUCUUCACUAAGCCCUCCCGGCUCCUGUCCUUGCUCUACAACAAGGAGAACUUCCAGCUGGGGGCCUUCCUCGGCUCCUUUGUUAGCAUAUACAAGGGUACAAGUUGUUUCUUACGCUGGGUAAGAAAUCUUGAUGAUGAGCUGCAUGCACUGAUUGCCGGAUUCCUGGCUGGCAUCUCCAUGUUCUUCUACAGGAGCACCUCCAUCUCGAUGUACCUCUUCUCCAAACUGGUGGAGACUAUGUACUUCAAAGGCAUCGAGGCGGGCCGCUUCCCCUACUUCUCGGAGGCCGACACCAUCAUCUACGCCAUCUCUACAGCCAUCUGCUUCCAGGCCGCCGUGAUGGAGGUCCAGAACCUGAGGCCGUCCUACUGGAAGUUUCUGCUCCGACUCACCCAGGGCAGAUUUGCCACGAUGAACCGGAGAGUUCUGGACAGCUUCGGCACGGACGCCUCCAGAGACUACCCGAACUUCAUCCCCAAACUGGACCCGCGAUUCACCACUCAGCCUCCAGAGCUGCCACCAGUGCAGCUGGGCUGAGGCGACGGGAGCCCCCCCAGGGACCUGUGCUGGGCACCCUCAUCAACUAUCGGGAACGCUGGACUGGACAGGCCAGGACUGAUGGGGGUGGGGUGUGGUAGGGUGGGUGGGUAUGGGGGAGAGGAGGGGUGUUAUAGAUGUAGAGAGCAGGGGACUUCAGCACAAUUCCCCACCCCACCUCUACCAGUGGUAUGGGUUAUUCCUCUGGGUGAGAUGGGAUGGGGUGGGGGUUGCUGUGGGUUCAUACUGACAGGACAACCAAACUAUGACCCACCCACACCCUACAGCAUUACCUGGUAGGAGUGGCUGACAAGAGCUUACUUGAAGCAGUGCUGACAGAUAAUAAGUGACUAUGUAAUUACCUAAAGAUUUUAUUGAGCAAAAAUCAUGUGUAAAUAUGUGCGUGCGUGCUUGUGUGUGUGCGUGUGUGUGUACAAGAUUAUACAUUUACUUAACAGCAAAAGAAAUGCAAUUUUUUUGCACAAGUAAUUUCAGUUCAGGUUUCAUAUACUCUAAUUAGAAAAUGCUGCAAAACCGGAAAAUGCAGGGCUCAGUGACCUAUAGAAUUUCUUAUUAACAUAGAUGUGGGCCCCAUCCCAAGCCAAGACUGACAGUAGAGAGCAAAAUUAAUUUUCUGACCACCAGGGGGCACUGUGGGCUGCUGCUUCACACAGCCUUCUGUUAAAAAAAACUCACUAAUGGCAGUGAACCCCCCAAAAACAGUCUUGAGGGAGAUGAACUGAUACUCACUGAGCAGAAUGUGAGCCCAUAUGCCUCUCUCAUGCAAUAUGUUAAUCAUUUGGUCUGUCUCUUUUACACGGCACUUGAAAAAAAUAAAUCUUUGGAAGAAAUCGAUUUCAUCUGACUGGCGUGUGAUGAUGAAGUGAUUGGCCGGGCCAUGUAUUAGUCCUCAAUCAUCAGUAGUACUGGAUAUUAAAAACCUGAGAACCCUUCCGCCCAGUUGAAUAUUAUUUUUAGGUCCAGGGUCUCACUGCCUCAUCAGUGUGACCAAUGUGGACAUGGGACAGACACGCGUGUGAGAGCCGUGCUGGUGUGUUGUAGCUCAGUGGGUUGAGAACCACAAGGCUAUUCACAUGACUCACAAGACUGUUUUCUCCUUUGAGUGCCUUUUCUCCUUGUUUCUACACGUUUCUCCUUGUUUCUAAUCCAAACAAUUUACCACAGUCAUUCUUUAACUGCACUUCAUCAGUCGUCAUUCAUUAACUCUGUUAUUUCUCCCCGCCACAAUUCUUGUGCUGUUAAGGGUGUGUGACUGUUUUUUUGCCGGCGGCUGGCAUUUGCCGGGGAUAAACUGUUUGUGUGUGUGUGUGUGUGUGUGUGUGUGUGCUUAUUAAGUCUAAUAGCAAGUCCUGUGCAUUGGAACGGGGAGUCUUGUAAUAUAACUACCCGGGGUGAAUGUGAAGCAUUUGUGUCACAGAAUGGAAGCACAUCACUUCGGUACACUCUCAGGCUCUUUGCCAAAAGUCAUUGAUUUACUUUAAUGCCUUAUGACAAGUAGGGGGAAUUCUGUUUUACUGUCCUUGACAGUGAAGACCAGAUCACAACACAGACACUGCAACCUAAGAGCAUCUUUGUGUACAUUUUUUAGUAGUUAAUGUCCAGAAUGUAUGCUGCACAUUCACUCACAUCGUUUUUAUUUAGUAUAUACUCUUGUGUUGAUAAUGGCUGGGAAAUGUACACUUUUACCAUUGUACCACUGUGCCAUUUUGAAUCACCUGUCAUAAACAAUCUUUGGCUGCAAAACCUAUUCUGAACAGAGUAGACCAGUUACCGGUAAUGUAGGUUUUGUGCAUAUUUAUGUAAAAAUCAGAUGGAUGAAUGGGCAGCAUACAUUUUGGAAACAAACUACUGAAAACAAGUACGCACUGGACCUUUAAUCGUUAAGAAUAGGUUAAUAAGAAGCCAUGCAGAGGUCUAUUUAAUUCAUUAUCUUUGUAAGUUUAUCAUCAAUGACAAACCUUGGAAAGUUCACUUCAGUUAAGUCAAACAUCCUAAUAGAGGUGCAUUAAGACUUUAUUAUAAGACUUUAUUAUUCCAACAAAACAAAGUAACAAGUCUCUUCUAUCUAGAUUAAUCUAUCCCCAACUCUACCUGAACCUACCCUUUGGUUUGUCAGUAACACGUGCACUUGAAGCAAACCCUAGCCAUACAUGUGACAAAAAACAUGCUGCACAGGCGUUGCCGUCUCAGACCCCUAUCAGCUAUCCUUGAAAUUUAACUGUCCAGUUCGUAAUUUUAUUUAAAAGGCCCUCGUUCAUUUCUAGAAUUAAUGCUGUGGAACCUUUCAGUGUAAAUCCUUCAUUUUGAAUCAGCAGUCACACACGUUUGACUGAAAAACCUUGUCUGGACUGACCAGUAAAUAUUAGAUUAUUUACUUAUGAAUACUAUAUGAAAUACUUAUGAAUUUACUUAUGACUAUGAAAAAGAUAAUAUUUGUGAAUGGACUGCAUACAUUUUGAAAUUAAACAACUAAAACUAUACACUGGUCAUUUGGGUCUGGACCUACACAGUAACUCUGGCUGCAGUGGGUCCCGCCCAUUUACUCUGAACUGCGCUUACUCUCAGCCACUAUGCAGACAAGAGUCUCAGACGAACACACACACCCACACACGCAUCUCCUUGAAUCCUCAGCUGCCUACCAUGGCAACAAGAUGCUAGUAACAUCUGGGGUGGUAUAUUCCAAGAGCAGGGUUCAUUAGAAUACCAGCUGUGCAAGUAGUAAGUCAGCUAAAGAAAGACCCAGUACUGAUUUUUGCCAUCUACAAACUAGAGAUGCACCGGAUCCUGAUUUUUAGGAUCCUGCCGGAUACCGGAUCCACUGCUUAAGAUCCUGCCGGAUCCGGAACCGGAUACCGGAUCCUACGUAAGGGUUGAAACACAUAGCCAACUCGCACACGUGGGCCCUUUUUAUUACUUUGUCGCAAACUAUUCUUAAGACUCAUUGGCUUACUGCCACACUGCCUUCAACGGCCGCUUCCAAAAGGUUUUCACUCCAUGCAGCGAUUGGGGUUGUGAAAGACUGACUGAAAAGCGUAGGCUGCGUAAAAAGUAGAGAUGCCCCAGAUCCUGAUUUUUAGGUAACUGCCGGAUACCGGAUCCACUGCUUAAGAUCCUGCCGGAUCCGGAUAAUCUGAAAAACCCUAUUAUCCUGCCGGAUCCGGAACCGGAUCUUGGAUCCUGUACAUCUCUACUACAAACAUGACACCUGUAGCCUGUCUAUUAGCAGAUUUACCGGUUUCUAUACAUGUGUUCUAAAUGUUUGUUUUCCCCUGGCUGCGUGAACCUAGCUGCGCACAACUCAACCUCUGAUUGUUGGAAACCGUUGUCGGGUCAAAACAUAUGCUCACGAGGUUGGCUGCCAGUGUCUUGAACCUCCUCACAACAUUGUGUUUACAAACACUGUGAACCCAUGUAUAGAGGUCAACCUAGCUAGGUUUAUCCAUAGAGGUAGAAACUAACACUAGAGGUGACACGGCAAUUUGCGACAGCACUGGGAAGUGGCACAUGGAGCUUCCCAACUUCCGUAGGUAGUGUAGGCACCUUCAGGCAAUGCAAGUCAAUGGACAACACGCCCACCUCUGUCGAAAAAUUGACUAAAACUGUGUGAAUAUGAAGUAACACAUUAAUCAAAGACCAGAUUUGAAAUGUCAGGGUAAAUAUCUACUUAAAUCAUAUGAGUCGAUAAAAUACAUUUAAAAAUCUAAUUAUAUAUUUUAUGAACAUAGUUAGCAACACACUUCAACUAUUGUCCUUGUAUAGUGUAUUGAUGGACAUUUUCACAUGAUUAAGCCAAUUUUGAAGGUGAGCCUCCGAUAAUUUCCAUUUCUCUGAUCUACCUACAGAUAAUGGCCGCUACAGAUUGCCGUAAAAAGGGUGGCGGGGUCACCUCUAGUAUUAUUUUCUACCUCUAUGGGUUUAUCCAGAGCCAUACAGAGGGGAGAGUUACGCGAUUGGAGGACCAGGAAAUAAAUUGUAGCCCCGCCUGUCAACGAGAUCGAGGUCGUGCCUAAAGCGGCUGUCUUUCCAUAGACUCAACAUUGAACCACCACAUAAAAAGCAAAAAAUAAGGACUAACCAACUAUACUGCGGGGUAAUCACCACAAAUAUGUAAACUAUCAACUGUCUCGGUAAUGAUAAUCACAACAGUUUUACCUUCUGUGAUGUUUAUCAGAAGUUAUUACUUCGAAUAGCGAGUCUUGUCAUAUUCCCUGCACUGCAUCGCAUUGCAUUUGCUGUGUGCUACGCCCACUUCUAGGCACUAACAUUCGCAACGCUAAACAGUUCCGAGACGCUAAAACAGCUAAUUUUGCUAAUGCAGAAGUCGGCCCUAGGACACAGUGGAGAUUGCCCGACUCUCCCUCUGUAUGGCUCUGGGUUUAUCACUUUCUGUAGGUCAACCUAGCUAGGUUUAUCCCUUUCUGUAGGUCAACCUAGCUAGGUUUAUCCCUUUCUGUAGGUGAACCUAGCUAGGUUUAUCCCUUUCUGUGGGUUAACCUAACUUGGUCUAUCACCUACCCUAACCAUGCUCUUGGAAUACCCCCCUAGACUACACCUGCUAAGCAGUUCUGGACCUUUACUGGAUGACAUAAUUUCUUUUCCUAACAACAUUUUUGUUGACGCACAACUCCAGUGUUGUAUAGAAGAUAGAUACUUUUUUAUAAAAUUAAAAAAAGGAAAAUGUGAAAGUCAUGACCUAAGAAUCUAGAUAUACACUUGUUAAGCAUUGUUUGUAAUUUAUAUACAAUGUAAAAUAAAGCUAUUUGUC